GUCUUUGGUGGGACACUUCUUCAUACCACACCGUACAUGUUUGCCGCCUCCUAUAGGACCUAUACGUACAUCGCUUGAAGCAUAGACACUAGCGAAGUGUAUUUGCCGGAUGUUCCCAGUAAUCUGGAUUCUGAAAAUUUAGCUUGCCGAUUUUUUCAGUAUUUAAAAAAAAAAUCAUUUAUUUACUUAUUUCUAAUAUCGUAAAGGUACGACGAACACCACACACAAUUUUUUAUUAUGUAGCACGUUUUGCUGAAAAAAUAGCACGUUUCUAGUAACUUUGCUGCGCGUUUUGAACAUGGUAACUAAUCACCUCCACCGCAUAUAAUUUGAAAAUACAAUCACAGCAUACUACACUUUUGGGGUACUAGAGGCUGUGACGCCCAGCCUGCACGGCCCCAACAAAUCACCAAGAAGACAAUCGUGGACUUUUUGUGAACCUACUCUGCACGGCACAAUAGGCAGGGAUGUGGCGCAACAUUGCUCAGGGACGGCCUUGUCUCAGUCGCCUAGUAAAUGGAGUCAAGAACACAAAUCCUUUAAGACCAGUCAUCAGCAGUCAUCAUAGCCAUAGUAAGCAUCCAGUCCCAAUAAGGUGCUCCACCAUAACCACUUCUACAAUGCCACAAGUAACCAGGGUAGUAGUGCAGCCUCCAUCUUGCCUCCAUGAUGAGAGUGUGAGUCUCAGCGUGGACGGCCUGGCACCCGGAGAGGAAGUAACGCUGGAGGCCUCGAUGACAGACACCCGAGGGGUCCUCUUCAUGUCUCUUGCCCAUUACAGAGCAGACAGCAAUGGACAGGUAGAUGUGAGCACCAUGGAAUCCCUAGGUGGUUCCUACAGGGGAGUGUUCUCAAUGGGUCUCCUGAGCAGCCUGUCACCAGCACUGAAGAAACACAAAUUUACCAGGUUUUUCAAAAGAGACGUGGAAAAUCCAAACAUUGUGACAAUAUCAGUGUUCCGAGGCCAUCUAAGCAAUGAGGAAUUGGUGGGUGAGGGCAGAAGUGAACCACUGUCCACGGCCACCCACCUCAGACACUAUGUUGCUCCAGGAGUUCAGAGAAUUCCUGUUCGCUAUGGAAAAGUGCGUGGAUGUCUCUUUUUGCCGCCAGGUGACGGGCCGUUCCCUGGCGUGGUGGACAUGUUUGGCAGUGCUGGGGGCUUGCUGGAGUACCGGUCUGCUCAAUUGGCUUCCCGUGGCAUUGCUUCCCUUGCUUUGGCCUACUUUGCCUAUGAUGACUUGCCCAAAUCUCUUGAAGAAUUUAAUAUGUCAUACUUUGAAGAAGCAGUGGAGUUUCUUCUAAAACAUGACAAGGUUGAGAAACCAAAUGUUGGUGUUAUUGGAGUGAGUAAAGGGGGUGACUUGGCUCUGUCCAUGUCCACGUUCAUCCCGGAAGUCACAGCUGGUGUCUGCAUCAACGGCAGUAUCAGCAACAUCCAGUCAAGGCUUAAUCUACACAAUGGCUCAAUACCACCAUUAAAUUUUGAUAUCGGAAAAAUAGAGAUGGUUGAUGGUGUUAUGGACUGCUAUGAAUCGGUGGAUGACCCAAAGGAAUACCCUGAGACAAUCAUUCCUAUUGAAAGGGCUGAUGCAAAUUUCCUCUUCCUGGUUUCAUGUGAUGACAGAAACUGGAAGUCUGAAAUGUUUGCAGACCUUGCUGUGGAGCGCCUCAGACUGGCUGGCAAAACAAACUACACAGUUAACAAGUAUCCUGGGGCUGGCCAUCUCCUGGAGCCUCCUUACUCCACUUUCUGCUGGGCCUCCUACCACAAAUUGAUCAGAGCGGGCAUGCUAUUGGGUGGCUCCAUAAGGCCUCAUGCAGAUGCCCAAGUGCACGCAUGGGAUGCAUUAUUGACCUUCAUUUGCAAGCAUCUGAAGAACCAAACUGUCUUUAAAGGAAAGCUCUAGGUCUUAUAAUCAGUGGUGGGUUGUCGUUAAGAUUAGUCGGGGUGCUACAUCAGAGAAUUAUUAGCCAGUUUUAAUGUGUAAAAAGCAAAACAGACAGAAAAGAAAUUGUACUCUUAACUCUUGUCUACUCAGGUACAGCUGUACAACCUCAUUUUCUGUGAUUUAUUUAAUAAAAAACAUUAUUUAAGGGUAA